GCGUGUUGAGGAAGCUUGUGCAAUGGUGGAAAGAGUUCUGCGGGAAAGGGAAGAAAGAGAAGAGUUUGGUCGGGAAAUUGAAAGAAAAGAGCAUGAAAUACGAGCAGAAAGAGCACGGAAGAAGAGAGAAAGAGAAGCAAGAGAGCUAGAGGAAGCCAGAGGAUGGCCUCAACAGCAGGAACCAGUUACUGGACAGUCUUUGUGGCUUUGUGAACAUUACCAACGUCAUUGUAGAGUGCGUUUUCCUUGCUGUACGAACUUCUAUUCCUGCCACCGUUGCCAUAACAAUUCCAAAGAAUGUGACAAUGAGGAAGCCAAAGCAAGUCAUGCUACUCACCUUAAAUGCAGCUAUUGUCAUCAUGAACAAGAGAUUGGUGAAGACAGUGCUAAGUGUCGUAGCUGUGGAGCAAAGAUGUCAGCUUACUUCUGCGCUAUUUGUAAACACUUCACCAGUAUCGACAAAAAUCCAUACCACUGUGAAAAAUGUGGAAUAUGUCGCAUACAUAAAGACAAAUCAUUCCACUGUGAUGUGUGUAAUGUCUGUCUUGACAAGCGCCUCCAAGGAAAACACAAGUGUAGGCCAGACUCUGGCCACGAUGAGUGUUGUAUCUGUUUGGAGGAUGCUUUCAGUGGAUGUCAGAUUUUACCCUGCUCACACAAGGUUCACCGGGAAUGUGCAAUAGCCAUGAUACAGAAUGGAAUUCGUACCUGCCCAGUGUGUAGACACCCACUGUACAGCCCAGCUCCAGAAUGAAAACUGCUGCUUUUGGUGAUGGUGAUUCUCAGUUGCACAAGGCUCUGUUGUUAUUCAGAAGAACAAGUGUGCUACGGGGGAAAAGUUUUUUUUACAUUUCUGAUGUGUGUAAAUUUAUCUCCUUAUUUAACAAGUAUGCAUCAUGACAGAAACAAAUUUGUACAUUGAAAAAUUGCUUUCAGUUAGGUUUUGUUCUUUGAAGGCUAAACAUCUCUGACAAGGAAACAAUUUUGUUCUGCUUUGAAAAGAAGAGAGAGCAUGUUCUUAAACUGAAAAAAGGCACAUGAUAUUUAAUUCAUUACUUGUUUGUUGAAGUUAUUUAAGCUCGUUUGAAAUUUAUCUUUGCUGAACUUUGAAGAAUUCAGCUGUUACAUUGUAUUUUGAUAUGUAUUGUGAUCAAUAUUACAUAUGUUCAAUUAAAUAAGUAUCAUUAA